GCGGGCCUAUCGAAUGAUCGCCUGAGGUGCUGCUCUUAUUAAACCGUAGCUUCCCGCCUUCGUGUUUGUCUUCGGCCGAUGAAGAUACGAAAGGCGGGGUCAAACGAUGCUAUCGGUCUGUAUUUCGUCACUACCGGAGGAACAAACCUGCUCUAACAGCUAAGAGGGCGUCGAAGGGGAAAACUGAUUGGAAAGGCAACAUUUGCACAUCUGCUCCAAUCUGAUGCCUCUGCCAGUGGCAUUGCAGUCCCGCCUGGCCAGGCGAGGCCUGCUGAAGCAUGUAGAACCCGAGCCGGAAGAGGAAAUAAUUGCAGAAGAUUAUGAUGAUGAUCACGUUGAUUAUGAAGCCACAAGAAUGGAGAGCCUGCCACCAAACUGGUACAAAGUCAUUGACCCGAUUUGCUGCCUGCCUUAUUAUUGGAACAUAGAAAGUGAUCUGGUUUCAUGGCUCUCGCCUAACGAUCCCAACUCGGUGAUGACCAAAGCAGCCAAAAAACUGAAGAACAGCUUAGAUGCUGAAAGCAAGGCAGAACGCUUCCAUGAUAAGGUAGAGCGUGAAGAGGUGAAGGAACGUCGCUAUCACCGGCGGGAAGAAUUGGCCCCCUAUCCUAAGAGCAAAAAGGCAAGCCGAAAGGAUGAAGAACUUGAUCCCAUGGACCCCAGCGCUUACUCCGACGCUCCUCGGGGAACCUGGUCCACGGGGCUGCCCAAGCGGAACGAAGCCAAGACGGGUGCAGACACCACAGCCGCCGGUCCACUCUUCCAGCAGCGCCCUUAUCCAAGCCCCGGGGCUGUCUUGCGUGCGAAUGCAGAAGCUUCUCGAGCCAAGCAGCAGGACUGAGAUGCCCGCUGCUCCUUUUAUCCGUGAAUGUAUUUGGUCAUUACGUUCUGAAAGGCCUGCUGCAAGAGCAGGGCUCCCUCCGGACUGCAGACCGGGCCAGUGGUAGUCUUUCCAGAUCUUUAACUACAACUCUGGCAUGUCAGUGGUAAGAGAUGCUGGUUUUUAUAGUUCAGAGGCUUCUGAAGGGCUGCAAGUUCCCAACAUCUUUGAGGCUUUGGAGAGGCGGGGUUUUUUUUCCCUGCGGAAGAGGUUUUAACACUGAUCGACCUGCUGACUUCUGCAGAGAACAGUCUCCUCACGGGUCUCCAUCUCCUUCUCCCAUCCCACUUUGAAUGUCUAUAAAAAGUUGAGGGAAAACACGCUUUGGUUUUUCCCAUAUAACAAUUUUUAUCAGCUUACAAUAUUUGCACGGCAUAAAGAAAACGUUUGCAAACAGGUUUGUAGAGUCUGGCUAGGAAGGCCCAGCCAAGGCAAGGAGAUGGAAGCCAGCGCACCUUCCAGCCCCCUCCUCCUCCCCCAGCUCAGAGUAGCUAAGACACGCAGCUGUUUGAUUCUGCUUAAUAAAUGAUCAGUUGACACCUGGCUUGCUUGCUUGCUUGAGGAAUCUGUAUUAUGUUUUUACAAGAAUAAAUAAAAUAUACAAAGCUG